AUGUUUAACCCCUGGGUGGCAUGGUUAGGAGUGCUGCUGCUCUUGAUCGUGUUCACUCAUUCAGCCCCGAAGCCAGCAAUGCCUCCAGUGAUCACGAAAAGACCUUUCAACAUUUUCUGGGCUGCCCCAACAAUGCAGUGUCAGCAUUUCUUCAGUGUGGAUCUGAAUCUUCAGUUGUUUAAUAUUAUAUCAAAUCCUUUGGAGACUCAGAGUGGACCGACAAUUGCCAUAAUUUAUCCAAAUGAAUUAGGGUAUUAUCCUUAUUUCUCUCCAGAGGGAAAAUCCUUUAAUGGAGGGAUACCACAGAACAUGAGCCUUCCUACACACCUGAGGAAGGCCGCUGCUGAAAAAGACAUUGCCUAUUACAUGCCGACCAACAACGUGGGCUUGGCAGUCAUUGACUGGGAAAACUGGAGGCCUACCUGGGUAAGAAACUGGAAACCUAAAGAUGUUUACCAGGAUGAGUCUAUUGAGUUCGUUCUGCAGCAAAAUCUACAACUUACUUUUGAAGAGGCUACCAAGAUAGCGAAAGCGGAUUUUGAAAAGGCAGCAAAGAGCUUCAUGCAAGAGACUUUAAAAUUGGGAAAGUUACUUCGGCCAAACCGCUUAUGGGGUUAUUAUCUUUUUCCUGAUUGUUACAAUCAUCAAUAUAACCAACCUAGUUACAAUGGAAGUUGCUUUGAUGUAGAGAAAAGAAGAAAUGAUGGACUCGACUGGUUGUGGAAGGAAAGCACUGCCCUUUACCCCUCUAUUUAUUUGAAUACCAAGCUAAAAUCUUCUCCACAAGCUGUCCUCUUUGUUCGUAACCGUGUUCAGGAAGCCAUUCGGAUGUCUAAAAUUGCCAGUGUUGAAAGUCCACUUCCAGUUUUUGUAUACGUCCGUCCAGUUUUUACCGAUAUGUCUUCGAAAUUCCUUUCUCAGGAUGACCUUGUGAAUACAAUUGGUGAGAGCAUUGCUCUAGGUGCUUCUGGAAUUAUAAUGUGGGGAAGUUUCAACUUAAGCAGAACUAGGCAAUCUUGCAUGAACCUAGGCAAUUACUUGAACACUAUACUGAAUCCUUAUAUUAUCAACGUCACUCUAGCAGCCAAAAUGUGUAGCCAAGUGUUUUGCCAGGAGAAAGGAGUGUGUACAAGGAAAGACUGGAAUUCACCCGACUAUCUUCAUCUGAACCCAAUGAAUUUUGCUAUUCAAAGAGGGAAAGGUGGAAAAUACACCGUACAUGGGAAACCCACACUUGAAGACCUGCUACAAUUUUCUAAAAAAUUUUAUUGCAGUUGUUAU